CCGAGAGACGUCAUAAGUCAUAACCGCCGCCCACAACGAGCGAUAACGGUCACUAUCCAAGCCAGCGUAGCAUCAUUCCACCAUUUAAAAAUCCUUCCAUUGAUGAUCACUUCAUCUCAACAAGUAAACCGAGAACUGGGGAACGAGAGAACUUGAAAGGAAAGCCCACGGGUCUCUUCUGUUUUUUUUCCCCACCUUCAGCUGGAGAAAGAAGAAGAGAGGAAAAACCCUUAUUGGGACUCCGCUGGGUCCUCCUUAAAGCAGAUCAAACCCGGACAUGGCCGAAAAACAGUUGAUCGUGGCCAUCGAAGGGACUGCGGCCAUGGGUCCCUUUUGGAACACCGUUGUCUCCGAUUAUCUCGAAAAGAUUAUCAGGUGCUUUUGUGGCAAGGAGUUGUCAGGACAGAAGCUUCCUGGUGCAAAUUUUGAGCUCUCCCUUGUUGUAUUUAAUGCUCAUGGAUCUUGUAGUGCUUGCUUAGUGCAACGAAGUGGCUGGACAAAAAAUAUGGAUACUUUUUUACAGUGGCUCUCAGCCAUACCUUUUACUGGAGGUGGUUUUUGCGAAGCUGCAAUAGGGGAAGGGCUUUCUGAAGCUCUAAUGAUGUUCUGUGUGGCUCCAAAUGGGAGCCAAACUCAGCAAAAUGUGGAUGGGCAAAAGCAUUGUAUUCUUGUAGCUGCCAGUAAUCCCUACCCCCUGCCCACGCCAGUGUAUCGUCCACCGAACCAAAAUUUAGAGAAGAAUGAAAGCAUGGAAGGGCAAACAGAAAGUUGUCUAUCAGAUGCUGAGACGGUUGCCAAAUCAUUUGCUCAGUGCUUUGUUUCUCUAUCAGUCAUUUCACCAAAGCAGCUCCCAAAACUUAAAGCAAUAUAUAAUGCGGGAAAGCGUAAUCCUCGAGCAGCAGAUCCAUCUGUUGAUAAUCUUAAGAACCCACAAUUUCUCAUUCUAUUGUCAGAGAAUUUCAUGGAGGCUCGUGCUGCUCUAAGUCGCCCUGGAAUAACAAGUUUGACAUCAAAUCAAGGUCCAGUGAAGAUGGAUACAACUUCUGUUCCUCCAGUUUCAGGGCCUUCAGCUUCAAUACCUUCAGUCAAUGGUCCAUUGAUGACUCGUCAGCAAAUUCCUGUUGGGAACAUUCCUACUGCAACUGUAAAAGUGGAGCCAACCACUGUCUCCUCCAUGGUAACGGGACCUGGUUUUUCAAAUAUUCCACCUGUUUCACAUGGGGCUACUCAAGCUGUUCCAAGCUUGCAAACUUCUUCACCAAUUGCCUCUUCUCAAGAGAUGAUAGCAAAUGCUGACAAUGUGCAGGAAUUCAAACCAAUAGUGAAUCCUGUCUCACAACCCUUGCGUCCUCCAGGUGCUGCAGCAAAUGUGAACAUUCUCAAUAACCUCUCUCAGGUACGGGGAAGUUCUAUUGGGCUGCAGACAGUGGGUGCAACUCCCAUGGCAAUGCAUAUGUCGAACAUGAUAUCCAGUGGAAUGGCAUCAUCUGUUUUGCCAGCUGCACAAACUGUAUUUUCAUCUGGACAAUCAAGUAUCACAUCAUUAACUGGAUCAGGGUCAUUAAUGGGGACUGCACAAGUUACCCAAAACACAGCUAUUGGUUCAUUGACUUCAGCAGCUUCUAAUAUAUCUGGAAACUCAAACCUAGGCAUUUCACAACCAUUGGCUAAUAUUCAAGGAGCUGUUAGCAUGGGCCAACCAGUACCCACUGUUGGCCAAGGAAAUCUUUCAGGAACACAAAUAGGACAAAGUGGAAUUGGUAUGAAUCAAAACAUAAUGACUGGACUUGGUCCAUCAGGUAUUUCAUCUGGAGCUGGUACAAUGAUUCCUACUCCAGGAAUGUCUCAACAAGUCCAGGGUGGGACACAAUCCCUUGGUGUGAACAAUGGUUCUGCAGCUAAUGUGCAACAGACAGCAGGCACUCUCCAACCAUCACAGUCCAGAUAUGUUAAACUCUGGGAGGGAGCCUUAUCAGGACAAAGACAAGGACAACCUGUAUUUAUUACUAGACUUGAAGGCUAUAGGAAUGUAACAGCAUCUGAGACGCUUGCAUCUGAUUGGCCACCCACAAUGCAAAUAGUUCGUCUGAUAUCUCAGGAUCAUAUGAACAACAAGCAAUAUGUGGGAAAGGCAGAUUUCUUAGUUUUCCGGGCACUGAAUCAACAUGGGUUUCUUGGACAACUUCAGGAUAAGAAGCUUUGUGCAGUAAUCCAACUGCCAUCUCAGACGCUGCUCCUUUCAGUUUCUGACAAGGCCUGCCGCUUGAUUGGAAUGCUUUUCCCUGGGGAUAUGGUUGUAUUCAAGCCACAAAUACCUAAUCAGCAGCAACAGCAGCAGCAGCAACAAUUACAGCAACAACAACUACAGCAACAGCAACAAUUGCAGCAGCAGCAGCAACAACAACAACAUCAGCAACAGUUGCAACAACAUCCACAGCUUCUGCAGCUACAGCAGCAACAGCAUCCUCCACAGCUGCAACAACAGCAACAGCAUUUACAGCUACAGCAGCAGCAACAUCAGCAGUUACAACAACAACAGCAUCAGCAACUGCAACAACAGUCACAACAGCACCAAUCACAGCAAAUGGUUGGUGCAGGAAUGACACAAGCAUAUGUUCAAGGCCCAAGUAGAUCACAACUAAUGUCUCAGGGACAAAUAUCAUCUCAAGGCCCACCAAACAUGCCUGGAGGAGGGUAUUUAAAUUAAUUGAGCUGUGCUAUGCCUCAAGAACACAGCUGUGGACAGACAAGAAAUGGGAGUUACGGAGGAGCUGAAGGAGCUAAUUUUUAAAUUAUUUCUAGGAAACAAAUGUAUCAGGUCAAAAACUAAUCUCUCAGGUCAAAAUCAUUUCAGGCAAGCUGGCUGUAACCUUAUUUUGUUAGAAAUACACUUCAUGGGUGCGAAUGAAAUAAAUUAUAUCAGGAGUAUCGGAGAAACAAAUACAUUGGAAAACUUUUACCAAAAAAAAAAAA